GAAAAAAAAACCCCGCAUGCAUGCAGCGCUUAAUAACAGCAGCAAUGGAGUCUGUCUCAUCCUGUCAAGAUAAUAUAAAUACAAUACGCGUCCCCACUUCUUCUUACACAGUAAUCCAAAUACGUAAGAUAUUAAUUCUUGCAUCCAACCAUGAUGAGGAGAAGAUUUGGGAUAGGAGGAGCUGCUGCUGCAAAGGAGACAGCCGCCCCCGCCGCCAUUGAGUUCGAGGAUUUCGAACCAAAAUCAGAAUGGAAAGAAGAAGAGCUUCAACCACAACAACAGCACAAGGCUCAGCUUUUGCUUCUCCACUUUCCUGAAUUCAAGAAGGAGCAGCUGAAGGUGGUAUACGUGCAAUCCACCAGAACCUUACGAGUCAGCGGCGAGCGCCCACUGUCCGACGACUCCGACACCAAGAGCAGUCGUCGUCGUCGUUUCAACGUCACGUUCCCCGUCCCUCACAACUGCGACGCCUUCAGGAUACAGGCAAAGUUCAACGAUGGAGUCCUCACCGUCACCAUCCCCCGACUCCCAGAAACCCCCACCGCCGCCGCCGCCCCUCCUCCUCCGUCGCUGCUGCCGCCGCCUCCUCAAGCUGCGGUACUUAAUGAAGAAUCAGCACCACCCCCAGCCGCAACUACCACAACUGCGCCAGCUCCUGGACCUUCUGCUGAUCAUCAUCACGAGACAAAGGAAGAUAAUGACAGUACUGAUGAUAAGGAUAACAACAAUGAUCAUGAGAAAGGUCACGACGCGGCCGCCGCGGCCAAAACGGUCACACCGGAAAAAGAAGUGGGCGAGGAACAAGGAAAAGAAAGAGAAGAUAAUAGUCCAACCACCAAGGCAGAAGAAGAAGUUGUUGAUCUCCCGCCACCAAAAGAAGCUUCUUCUUCUUCUUCUUCUCUGGCCGCCAAGGCAGCAGCGGAGACGGCAAAGUUAAGUGAUGUCCGCGACGACGACGAUGAUCAUUUCGAUCAUCGUCGCCAGGGGGUAGCAGCAGCAUUAAUAACAAGCCGCGGAAGCAGCAAGAAGAGGAAAGAGUCGCCUGAGGACCACCACGACGGUAAUGCGUUGUCGGCUAUCAAGGAUGACGUGGUGGAAAAUAACAUUGGGGAGAGAAUGAAGAAGGAGGCUAUUACGACGUCGUCGUCGGGUAAUAUUGCUGCGACUGCGAGGAAGAAGGCCAAGGGGUUGGGGAUUUUGGAGCGGGUUGACGAGUUGAUAAAGGACGAAGAUAAUAGACAGACGAUGGUCAACGUUGGACUGGCGGUUGUGGCGGCUGUGGCGGUUGGGGCCUUCAUUGUCUAUCGCUACAGAUCUUUCAGAGACUCCGCCUAAUUAAUUAAUUAGUUAAUCAUUCUCUCUUUCAUGAUCAACGUGACAAUUAAAUUUCCUCCUCCUGUAAACCAAAACUAAAGAUGUAUAUUGUGUUGCUGCAUGUGUGAAUAAUAUUGGAACAAAAUGAUUUGGAUACCUAAUGAAUAAAAAUCAGAUACGC